GAUUUCCGGGAACCCGUCAGGAAGGGACAUAAACAAAACAAACCCGCAGCCGCAUGGAGGGUCCGGGCCCGAGCGCGCGGGGCGGCGCCCCCUGCUGAGCCCCGGCCGCGCGAAGUCUACAAAUAAAAGAGCUCCAUCAGGGUGAACUGAAGUUACCCUAAGGAAAAAUUUCAUUGCAUGGAUUGUGUAAACUCACUGAGACUGAAGUAAAGCUGGAAAGGAAUCUACAAGUGAAUAAACCAAGAAGUUUGGAAUUGGAUUUGGGGAAUCUGGGCUUGGAAAUGCCUCAGCCCAGUGUGAGUGGAAUGGACCCUCCUUUUGGGGAUGCCUUUCGGAGCCAUGUGUUUUCAGAGCAGACUCUGAUGAGCACAGAUCUCUUGGCAAGCAGUUCAGAUCCAGACUUCAUGUAUGAACUGGACAGAGAAAUGGACUAUCAGCAAAGCUCCAGAGACAACUUACUUUCAAUGGAGGACUGCAAAGACCUUGAGAACUUGGAGUCUUUUACAGACAUCCUGGACAAAGAAGCUGCUCUCACCUCAAAAUGGGAGCAGUGGGACACCUACUGUGAAGACUUAACGAAGUACACUAAAUUAACCAGCUGUGACAUCUGGGGAACAAAAGAGGUGGAUUACCUGGGCCUCGAUGACUUUUCAAGCCCAUACCAAGAUGAAGAGGUGAUAAGCAAAACACCAACACUGGCUCAGCUCAACAGCGAGGACUCCCAACCUGUUUCUGAUUCACUUUAUUACCCUGAUUUGCUCUUUAGUGUAAAACAAAACCCUUUAAAUCCUUUGUUACCUGGCAAAAAAAUCGCAACCAGGGCAGCAGCCCCAGUCUGUUCCUCCAAGAACAUUCAGGCUGAGGCACCUUUGUCGGACUUUGUUCAGAAGGCAAGCAAACCUGCAACUCAGCCUGCUUCCAGUACACAAAUCAUGGUGAAGACCAAUGUGUACAAUAAUGAAAAGGUGAACAUUCAUGUUGAAUGUAAAGACUAUGUCAAAAAGGCAAAAGUAAAGAUAAAUCCUUUACCACAGAGCAGACCAGUGCUGAGCCAGACACAUACUGAUUCAGCAAAGGAAAACACCUGCUAUUGUGGUGCUGUAGCAAAGAGACAAGAAAGAAAAGGAAUGGAGUCCCCACACAGUCACAGUACAACUCCUAUUUUGCCUUUUAAAGAGACUCAAGAACUGCUCCUCAGCCCACCCCAGGAAACCCCAGGGCUCAUUGCUGGGGAGAGCAGUCUUUCUGCCAGCACAUCGGUAUCAGAUUCUUCACAGAAGAAAGAAGAGCACAACUAUUCUCUUUUUGUAACAGACAGUUUGGGUGAACAGUCAGCAAAAGGAGACCCUGAGGAAGAUGAGGAUGAUGAGGACGAUAUUGAAGAUGAGGACCAUGAUGAAGGAUUCGGCAGUGAGCACGAGCUCUCUGAAAAUGACGAUGAGGAAGAAGAUUAUGAGGAUGAUAAAGAUGAUGACAUCAGCGAUACUUUCUCAGAACCAGCAGUAACACUUAGUGGGUCUUCAAAGGAUACUGAAAUCCUCUCUUCUGCAUGUAGAAAUGGAGCCUUAACAACAGAAAUAAGAACUAACCUUCACCUAGAAGGGUAUGAAAAUGAUUCUGUGGAGGAUUUAAAAGAAAUGACUGCAAUAUCCUCCCGGAAAAGAGGCAAGCGAAGAUAUUUCUGGGAGUACAGUGAGCAACUAACACCAUCACAGCAAGAAAGAAUGCUGAGGCCAUCCGAGUGGAAUAGAGAUACAUUACCAAGUAACAUGUAUCAGAAGAAUGGUCUCCAUCAUGGAAAAUAUGCAGCAAAGAAGUCACGGAGGACUGAUGUAGAAGACCUGACUCCCAACCCCAGAAAACUUCUACAGAUUGGUAAUGAACUGAGGAAACUGAAUAAGGUGAUCAGUGACCUGACACCAGUCAGUGAACUUCCCUUAACUGCCAGACCAAGGUCAAGAAAAGAAAAGAACAAGCUGGCUUCCAGGGCUUGUAGACUAAAAAAGAAAGCCCAGUAUGAAGCCAAUAAAGUAAAACUCUGGGGUCUCAACACGGAAUAUGAUAAUUUACUGUUUGUGAUCAACUCCAUUAAACAAGAAAUAGUUAAUCGGGUGCAGGUACCUAAAGAUGAUAGAGGAGUCAACAUGGAACAAAAAUUGAACAUACUUAUUAAAGACACUCUUGGACUACCUGUAGCUGGACAGACAUCAGAAUUUGUGAAUCAAGUUUUAGAGAAGACUGCAGAAGGAGACCCCACCGGUGGCCUUGUAGGGCUACGAAUACCAAUGUCAAAAGUUUAAAGACACGACUUCAGCUGUUCUCAUCGGUCAGAUUCUACCUGUGUUGUCAAUUACUUCAUUGUAAAUUGCAUUCUGGUCUGCAUGUCAGUUUAGCACUACGUACACAUUUACAAUUAGGUUCCAUUGGUUUUAAAUAACAAAGUAGUAAACCAAAUCAAAGCAUGAUAUAAAAUGCUUAAUAGCAUUUUUGGACCAUAAACCAGGUAGUUUUACAGCUGCUUGAAGCUUAAAUACAGAGAUGAGGAUUCUUUUGAAAAUUAAGUUCUGUAGGACCAGAAUAUAUCACUUUUAAUUUAGAAGCAAAAACAUGGGGUUGCUAGUAAAAAAUGUUAGCAUAUGCCAGACAUUGUGACAGGUUUAUGCUCCAAGUAAAAUGAGAGGAAGCAUUUUUUUGGUAAAGCUGUCAAUUUAGGGAGGUUUUUGAUCCUUUUUUGUUGUUUUUUUUAAUAAUUGGGUUUUUGUUUGUUCUUCUUACACACCAGUAAGCUUUCUUUGCAACCAUUAACUUGUACAUAGCACACAUGGCAAUAGAGCUAGUGUGCCAUAGAAGACUUUAAUUUUCUGAGCUUAAUAGUGUAUUUAAAUGUCAGUGCAAGCAAGAGAAAACAAGUAUAUUCUUUGUGCCUUGUAUUUUGGGGGGAGAGCUAUCAGUAUAAGCUGGUAAGGUUUUGUAUGAAGAAAACCCUGGGGGGAAAAACCAAGAUGUAUAGAUGGUAAGAUUAUAGGUUUUAAUGUAUUUGUUCCAGCUCUUACAAUUUUUUGAAUGUAUAUAGGAAUAUGUUGAAAAUGUAGAUAUAUGCCACAGAGUCUAUGUAUUGUAUAAAAGAUGGCUCUAGAAAACUCAAUUUCGGUACUUUGGCCGGAAGAAAACAAAUACUUGCACAUUAAUGCGAUUGUUUAUUUUUGUACCAAAGACAAAUGCAACUGAUAUGGCGAACUGCCAGUCUAAGUAAAGUUUUGCACAGCUUAUAUGAUACUGUACUGAAUGUAAAAACACAUGAAAAAAAAGAAAAAAAAUUAAAGGUCAGGGUUAGGGAUCUUACUGAACUGUGAAUUUUUUUGUUUGGGUCCAAUUAUCUACAGAAGGAGCAUUCAUACAUAAUGAUAUUAUUUUGCUGUUCUUGUAGUUCGCUUCCAUGGUAGAUAAGUUGGUGGCCAUCUUGGAGUCUUUAAAUCUUUUUUCUCUGCACUUACUGUAGGAGAUUUUAAUAUAUUUGGAUUUUAGUAAGCUAUUGGUAAAAUAGUUUUCAACUUUGAGAAUUUAAAAAGAAAAAUAUUAUUUAGCUUGUUGUAGUAUACUUCCACCAAACAACCAAAAUAAAAUUAUUUUUAUUGUAACGUGUAUAUAUGUAAAGAGAAAAAAGAGCUACAAAUAUCUAAUUCCUUAGUUGCCACUUUUCCAGUUGAUGUAUUAUUAUGCAUGUGAUGUUUCCAAGGAUCAACACAGGCUUCAAAACGAAAUGAAACAAAAAAGAAAUUUAUAGACUUUUAUAUUUUUGUACAGGUAUUUCGAAACUAGCUUCUUCAAACUUAUAUGUGACUUAUUCUUGUUGAUUCAGUAGUUUCUAUGAUUGAGGAAUAUUAACACACAGUUCUUAUUUGCUCUUCUGCUAAUAAGACUUGGCUUUGUAGUCAGUGUUAACGUACAGAUUAAAAGCUUUAGCCUUUGAUGAGAAAGUCCUUUAUCUCAAGGCAAAAUCAUUCUCUGGUUUCAUGGACCCCCUUCCUUUUCCUCCCUGUUCUUUCUCUCCCUAUUUAAAGAUGACAAAACACUGUUUACUGAAAAUAGAAAUACCAAAUAUUUUCAAAUGUAGCUGCUGAAAAGAAAAAUGCAAAAGUCCAUGAAGGCUUUUUCCCCGCUCCCUUUGGGGAAUUUCUCCACUUCAUUUCUAGUUUGUCUGAGUUUGUUUUGUACUGUGAUUCCUUUUUGUUUAUAAGUAGAUUAUUUUUAUAUCCAAGCUUGUACUAUAAAAACAAAGUCUGGAUCUGUAAUAGUGCAGUAAGAGUGGCCGAUGAAGGUGGCACUCCUGCCACAUACUUGUGAGUGGUGCACACAGCUUACUUUAUGUCUAAAUAUUUUGGAAGACUCAAAAGGGAGGAGGAGGCCAAAAUACCACUACUGAGCUGUACAGAAAGUCUUUCCUACAAGAGACUAAACAAAUACACAGGGCAAUUUAGGCAAAACUUCAUAAAUCCACUUAAGACUUGCGAAAUCUGAGUGGAAUGUGGGUGGUUUUGUUUCAGGUGUUUUUGUUGUUGUUGUUGUCGUUGUUGUUGUUGUCCAGGUGAGGUGAGAGUUGGCUGCUGCUUUACACAGUGGGUCAGAUGUAUUCCUAUUGUAAUUAUUGCUGAUGUUGCAGUUAUUCCAGAGAUACAUACGGCCCAUAAAACCCCGACAAAGAAUGUCUCUUGUGAAGUUAAGGCCAUGUCUGUACGAAGAUUUGAAUACUGUUGUUCCUUUCUGAUGAAUGGUGUUGCCACACUGCUCAGAUACGAGAGCUCCUUACACUAUAUCCAAACCAUGUAGGCAAGGCAGCAUUUCUAAAUGUUGAGAGCAGUUUUGCAAUCAGGUGAAAACUUCUGUGACAAAUUAAACUGACAAGGUAUUAAAAAAGCCCCUUUUUUACUACUCAGAAGUACUGGGCAAAUACAACUUUAUAGCUUUUUAUUUUUUGUCUGAAAACCAGAAUAUGAUUUUGGUCUAGCAUUUCAAAGUAGUCUUUGAAUCUUUAGUGAAUUCCAUACCUUUGCAUUUCGUGUUUUCUAUGUAUUAUUUUAAGUUAAAAGCUUUUAAAUAGUUGAGCUUUUUAAUGUUGACACUUUAUUUUGUAACUAUUUAUAUGUAUGUAUAUCUUAGAAAAGCACUUUGUUUAAAAAAAAUACAAAAAAAAAGGAGAAAAAAGAAAAAAAAGAAAACUGCGUUUUAUAUGAUUCCUGCCACUUGCUGCUAACUCUGGGCUGGUCAGAAUGCUGCAGCGAUACUUGAUAUAAAUAAAACCUGGCAGUAAAAUGUAGAGUAAAGAUAAGACCUUUUGCUGGUUUAACUUUAUCAUAAAGGUGACAUAGGCAAGCUGUGCAGCUUUACAUUUUAACCAGGGGACUCUGUGGCAUUUAAACCGUCUAGAAAUGGUUGUACUUUAAUGCCAGUAACAAUCUGCUUCCUCUAGUGUCAUUAAAAUAUAUACAUUUAGUGUAUACUUAUCACAAACAAAAAUCUUAUAAGGGUAUAAAAACCAACAAAUGUACAUGUUCUGUUUUUUGGCAAUUGUGGCAUGCAUUUUUGGAUGAUCUUUAGAGAAGACCAUUUUCUAAAGAUUUUCAGUGUUCAUACAUGGUAUGUGGAUCUUAAUGAAGUCCUGGAUUUUUUUGUUUUUGAGUGUAGGCAUUGUGAGUAUUCACUUUUAAUCCUGUAUCCAAAAGCAAUUAUAUAUUUUUGAUUUAAUACAAACAAAAGCUCUUCCUUUUUCUGAUACACUGGAUUCUCUAGAAUUUGUUUCCAUAUUAAAAGCAUGCUGUCAUAACUGCUCUUGUUGAGAUCUCGUCAGUCUGAACUUAGGUGCCACACUUUGAAUUGAUGGACUGCUUGUUCUACUGUACCAUGUAUGAUUCUUGUCCUUUCCUACUUCCUUCAUAACAGAUGAUGAUGUGGCUUUAUAUUGUGCCUUACUUGUAAAUCUAGAACUAAAUGUUUUUCAUUCCCUCUGAACUCCUCAAACCUAACCCUUCUGAAAUUGAAUCAGAACUCAUGAAAGCAUCCUGAAGAAAGUCUGGAUAGAUUUGAUUUGUUUCUCUCAGUAGUAGUCCUUUUGUAUUCCUAUGGAAGACCAGUUUUUGAACGGCCUUGCAAAAUGUGGGGGUGCUCGUGAAGGGUGUUUUUUAGCCCCAAAACCCUUUUUGCUAACGCUUCCUUUUAUGGUUUAUUGAACACAUAUACUGAUACCUGGUGAGUACUUUUUUUUGGAUGAGAGAGACUUACUACUAAAGCUAUGUUUACGUGUGGAUGGGCUGGAUUUUCUUACCAUACCAGUUGAAAUCAUUGUGAUUUGAUGAAGUUGCAUUGCUGUAAAGCUGAUGUGAGAGUCGGGCUCCGCUGUGUUGAGUUCCUAAUCUUUAUAGGUAGACAUUUUUUCCAUACUGAAAGGGCCAGGGAAAAGUGUUUUUAAAAAGAAACAAAAAAAACCUUAAAAUGGGUAAUGGGUCUUUUGACUCACCUAGAAGCAACCAGAUACUUCUGAAAUACAGUGGUGUCAGUUUUGAUUUUAUUUUAGAAAGUCCCCCCCCAAUAUUUAUCUGAUACUUGCCUUCAUUAAUAAGACAUGUAGCUUAUUUACAAAAUAGACUGGAUGUGCUUUUCUUCUCAAUAAAUCAUUUAAACAUAGCUAUUUUUUUAAAGCUCUAAAAAACUUUAUCAGGAGAAUUUCAAAGGGUUGUAUACAAGUUGCCUUCAGCAGAAAUAGUAGAUGCAAUUCUGUUCCUCAAACGUGCUUGCAAGUCUUCCUGAACUUCUGUUGAGGCAUAACCCAAUUAUGUACCGUGAAUGUUAGGUUCUGGUUUUGGCCUUGAGAUGUGAAUUUCAAGAAUGCAUCUAAUCAUGAUUUUCUUUUCUUUUCGAGUUGGAGGCUUCAGUUGGAAUCAUCUAGUUAAAUGUGCUGCUAGAUGUGGUCUUGGCUUAUUGACACAGCCUUGCACACAGCUGAGGUUUAUUUUGCUUACCCCAGGGAUUGUGUGAAGUACAUUUCAAACAGUUACUGCUUCAGUGACUGAUUCUUCUUGUAACUGUAUUAAGGGCAUUAGUAUGUUAAGAAAACACCACUCUUUAAUACCUCCCAAUAUAAAUUGGGAUUCUUCAGUGUCAUUCAUGAAAGAUGGCACUUUUAGGUUUUGUAUCUUCUUUGCAGCAUACAAAAAUGUCUCUAUCCUUCUACAAUUUACAUUUCACAAUAUGCCAUGUUUUUCCCCCAAUGCUUCUAGCAUGAUAAGAAGGUGUGUGUGCGCACUGAAUUAUAAUCCUCAGCCUCUUAGACAUUCAUGAACUUCCACACGAGCAAAUACUGACUAUGCAUUUAUUGUCUUUCUAAUGAGCUGUGGAGCUAAAAGUGGAGCCAGAGCUAUUUUAAGCUACACUUUCUUCUUUUUUUUCCAUUAAAAAAGAGAACCAAACCACCUCCAAGCUUUUUAGAGCACAUCAGUCACGUUCAGACUUCUUCUUAAGAAUAUUUUGCAGUUGGGUGUAAAUCAAAUUUGGGUGAGUUAACUCGCUACUGUAAGGAAAUCUGGAUUGGAUUUGUUAUUGGCAAAAGCACACUCUGCCCUACCAAAACCUUCUGAUUAAGAAGCAAAACCUAGCAGCAGCACUUAAUUUUUACUAAUCUUUCUUAUAAUGAUGCGUAUUCAUACGUCCUGAUUGCAAUCAUCGAUCCUUGCAGAACAUCAUGUCCAAGUAAAAUCUGUUGCUCAGUAUUUGUGGUUGGGUGAACUCUUAAGGCUGAUGAUACGUGCAUAGGUGAAAAGUGAAAGUGUUUGAAAACAAAACAUGGCAUCCUAUUCUGUCUAUGCUUGGGGUCAUGAUUGUAAUGCUGUCCUUGGUAUUCUAUAAUCAACUUCCAACUGGAGCUCAGAAACACUGAAAGUCUUGUCUCUGUUAGCAAAUAAAUUUACCUUGUUAAAAGCAUGAUCUGUUAAAGAGUUGCGAUGUUUAAUGUUGGUUAAUAGUUGUGCAGUUAUUUUUUUUUCAAAGAGGCACAAUUAAACUCUUGACUUUGUUUACUCUGUCACCCCCCGUCCCUAGCACUUCUAUUCACAUACAGAUUCAUCAAUGUAUGCAACAUCCUUUGUAAUUUAAAAUAAAAAUCGUGGAGGAAAUACCA